AUGGAUCUGGAUAAAUACUAUGACGUAUACGACAUAAGUGAUCUGGAUUACUCCGAAGCUAUCUUAGGCUAUACAGCAGGCGAAUUUGAGGACGAGGACUCUGUCAGGGUAUUGAAGAUAUUUGCUGCGAGAUUUCACACCAUCCGAAAGAUUUUCCUCUGCUGUCUACUCGCAUUCGAUGCCCAUGGCGGUAAACCGGAUUUCCAUCGAUGGGGUCUUGCCGUUGACGAAUUACAUACCCUUUGCUCAGUUACAUCCGAGGCCGAGGAUAAAUUACGUCGUAUACUAAGCGAAGAAGAAAGUUUUCCAGUUCCGACUACUCCAAAAUUACCCCUUACUCCAGGUCGAGAACGUGCGCGGGCACAAUUACGCAAAUUAAAUACGUUGUCAUCUGGGAUUCGUGGUUUACAAGCGAAACUGCACGUUUUGCGCGAAGAGUCGGAUAAAUCAUUGAACGAUACAGAAGACGUAUCAGAACUUGGUUCAAAUUUGAUGAUGCAAUACGAUUCAAUAGGUAUUGACCUCAAAGCGUUAAUGCAAGAGUGGGAGGAUGGGAAGGCUGCGUUGGCGAUGAAUAUCGACAGAAAUGAAAAACGAGUAUCUUCUAUGUGGGGAAUGACAUCACCGGCAUCGUCUUUGGGAGGUCUUACUGCUGUUGAAGAGGGAACAGCGGCUGACGCUUUGAGGGCCCUAAAUGGUGAGGGCAGGUCUGAAUCUAGCCUUGAAAUGAGUGGUUCCGAAGUAGAGGAAGUAUUUGAAGCAGUUGCGAUACCGCGCCCGCGGAGCAAGUGGACGAGAGAAGAACGCAUUUUAAAGAUGAAGGAAGAUCGUGUCAAGAGAGAGUCUAUGAGAGACCGAACGGAUGCUAAUACUAAAAUGCUCCGAGAACUGGAGUCUGUAAUUAAUUUACGGCCAAGGCCAAGAACAACUCCAGCGGGGAGAAUUACGUCGAUAUGA